AGGAACAAAUUCUGUGACUAUGUAUUCAAUUAUGGCGGCUUCGACUACUGCUACCGUUUCAGCUACAUCAGCUCAACGAAAGAGUCCGGAAUUUUCAAGAACAUGGCGACUGUUGACCAGCUGUUCUGCCAGAAUUAUGCGGUCAGUGAGUGGCCAGUUGCCUCCAGUGUCACAUUUCGAAAUGAAGCGGAAUUCCGUUUUGUCAGAAAAAUUUAUCGAAUUUUUGACCGAGCAGUAAGUAUCGAUCGAAGUACACCACUGUUGAUCGGUCUAACGCUUAAAAAUGAUACAUUUAAAUGGGCCGACGGAUCGUCAUUCAAAUACGCCGGUUUCUUGAGUGCAAAAGUCGCUGAUACAUUGAUGGAAUACAGCGGAGAUGACUGCCGGCGCUUCUUCCUCUAUCGAGUACCAACAAGCUCGAUGAGCCUUUAG